AUGUCAAUACACAGGAGAUUCAUCCAAUCCUUCACACAAAUUCCCAAGGAUAUAUUCCGCGUAAACUCGGGCACCUCCAUUCGGCUCCGGGCUUGGCCAGGUCCUAGAAGACCACACGGCGUGUUCGACCUGCUCACAACCGCAGGAAAAGUACAACCGAAGGCUCUUGACCCAGCUACUUAUGAAUUCCCGAAUGGUGCUUCCAUGCGCCCCAACUCUAGAACACAGCAGAACCUCGUUCGCACUGUCAAACCCCGGGAUGGCUACACUGUUUAUACUUCUUCCUCCAUUGACUUGGACUAUGCAGGAACGGUUCUCCCCGAGGAUCUCAUUCUUGUCCACGAAUUUCGCGAUCAUUACUCACUACAAGCCCGGAAGGAGAUGACAGUGAAAGGUACUGGUCAAAUGGGCCUCUAA